CGCAUGCGCCGUUCGCAAGCGGCCUCUGGAGUGGAGUCGAGUUGCCGGUUUCGUCGGCCCGGCCGGAGUGCGCCUGCGCGGUCCCCGGGUUCCCUCCACCUCCGCUUCCCCUCCCCCUGUCCCCCGCGGGGCCUCUGGGUCCGGCGGGACCAUGUUCACCAGCACCGGUUCCAGUGGGCUUUACAAAGCACCUGUGUCCAAGGGUCUUUUACUGGUCCCCAGUGCCCUGUCCCUCCUGCUGGCCCUCCUCCUUCCACACUGUCAGAGGUUCUUUGUGUACGACCUCCAGGCAGUCAAGGACGACUUCCAGAUUUGGAGGUUGAUUUGUGGAAGAAUAAUUUGCCUUGAUUUGAAAGAUACUUUCUGCAGUAGUCUGCUUAUUUAUAAUUUUAGGAUAUUUGAAAGAAGAUAUGGAAGCAGAAAAUUUGCAUCCUUUCUGCUGGGUUCCUGGAUUUUGUCAGCAGUGGGUGACUUCAUCCUCGUUGAAGCUGUGUGGUAUUCCUUUGGUAUCACUGCAGCCAGGAAUUUGCCUUCUGGAUUCAUAUUUUUCCUGGGAAUUUUCAGACUGGGAGUGAAUAGCAGUGCAAGAGCUGGAAGAAAGGGGAAUUUGGAUGAGGCUUUCUCAAAGGGCUUCCCACCUCUGGCAUUAUACAGUUCUAAGGAACUCUUCCCACUGCACCUGGCACCUGUGUUUGCUCUGUUUGUACCAUUUUACUGCUCCAUCCCGAGAGUCCAGGUGGCACAUAUUCUGGGCCCGUUGUCCAUCACAAACAAGACACUGAUUUAUAUAUUGGGACUACAGCUUUUCACCUCUGGUUCCUACAUCUGGAUUGUAGCCAUAAGUGGACUUAUUUCCGGGCUCUGCUACAACAGCAAAAUGUUACAAGUUCAUGAGGUGCUCUGCGUCCCCAGCUGGAUGGCAAAGUUCUGUUCUUGGACACUUGAGCCCAUCUUCUCAUCUUCAGAACCCACCAGCGAAGCCAGAAUCGGGAUGGGGGCCACGGUAGACAUUCAGAGACAGCAGAGGAUGGAGCUGCUGGACCGGCAGCUGAUGCUGUCACAGUUUGCACAAGUGAGGCGGCAAAGGCAGCAGCAGGGAGGAAUGAUCAACUGGAACCGUCUUUUCCCUCCUCUACGUCAGCGACGAAACGUAAACUAUCAGGAUGGUCGGCAGUCUGAGCAACAAGCGUCCCCUCCUCUAGAGGUUUCGGAGGAGCAGGUUGCCCGGCUCAUGGAGAUGGGAUUUUCCAGAGGUGAUGCUUUGGAAGCCCUGAGAGCUUCAAAUAAUGACCUUAACGUGGCCACCAACUUCCUGCUGCAGCACUGACGGUCCCAGCGGACAGCACAGGGGCUGGCGGGCUGCUGACCACAGCGGGUGCCGUCCCGCUACCGGCUCAGCCCCAGGACCCGGCACUCUCUGACGCGAUGUUCUCGCUGUCCUCUUGAGCAAAGGGUGGUCCCCGCUGCUCCCUCCCUUAAUUCCAAGAUCAUUACCAUUAAGUAUCCAAAAUAAGUUUGCCAUUAAGGUAGCAUGUAUUUUCUAUCUUUAUUUUUUUAUGGAGUAUUUUCCUUGGUUUGGAGAAUUAAUCUCCCAUUCCUAAUGUGUUUUAAAUGCAUUAAAAUUGCAGAUUUCUGCAAGCAGUUGAAUAGCACUCCAGGUGGGAAAUUACCGCUAUUGUCAUAUUCUUUUUACUAUAAUGCAUCUUUCUACAUUAUAUCUGAUCAUAAGUGCUGGAAAGGGGACUGUUACUCAGAAAGGACCUGUCAAAUUUUCUUUAUGGACUUUUUUCAUUGCUUUUUUUUUCCCCCCCUCAAAUUUGCUUUCAAACCCAGGUGGCUGUUCAGAGUCCCCACUCCCUAGGGAUGAUCAGUUCAUACCUGCCGCACGCAGAGUUGGCCAGGCCCGGCCACUGAGGGAGGGACAGGGAACUGAGCCCUCUUCCGCCUGUCCCAGCCCGCUCCCGUCUAGGGGGUUUUUCCCAACUACUCCCUGCUUCCAUUGAAAAACAAUGAUUAGAAUCAGGUACCGAUUCGAGGUUCUGGAAUACUCCGUGAAACAUAACUGGAGUUAAUUUUGCUUAGAAUAUCCACAGUUAGCCACUCAGGCUAGGAGUAAAAAUGGGACAAAGAGAAGAGCGGGGGUCCCUGGAGCAGUACGGGGCGUCCUAGCUGCAGGGCCGGCCCCUCUGGAGGCAGGUUCCGCCUGGCCCUGGGGUGAUCAGAUAUCAGCCUGAGGCAGGGUAGACUGACCCCACCUUGGGGAGGAGGGGGUGGCCGGAGCAGAUGAGCCUGAAAAGAUCUAAAGCAAGAUUUAAGGAAACUUGCAACUAUUGUGUUCUGCAAAGCCAGCAGAAGUGUUGCAAACUGAUGCAAAUUUAGACAUGCGUGGUACUUACAAUAAAGUUUUUAAUGUGUUUUA